AUGAAUCUCGUUCCCUUCGUUUGCCAGCUAUGCUCUUCUCAGAUCUUCAUGAUACACUCACUUAGCUGCACUUGCAAGCAUUGCUCCGCGUUUGGACUUUUUCUAUUUCACCUCCAACAACCCGAAGUGUAA